AUGAUUGCAAGGUUUGCCAAAUCUCUCAAAUCUAUAGUUGCACAUACUCACAUUUCAGGGGCAGUUAAUCAGAAAACAGCUUUAAAAUUGGAAGAAGACUUGCAUAAGCUGAGGUGGAGCAGUCCUAAAAUGAUUGCUGUUUCAAUUAACACGGCACAUGGAUCUUUUGGACAAGCCCAGCAAAUUGUGCAUAUGCUGAAGGCGGCGAGUGAUAAAUUUGAUUGUCCGAUUUAUACAUUCGCACAAGAUAUAGCGGCUGGGCCUGGUUAUUAUAUAUUAGCGUCUGGUAAUAAAGUAUGCCAUAUAAGAAUAUAAAUUUUAUAAAAAAAAAUAAUUAUUUCUCUUUUUUUAGAAAAAAAGAUUUUACAUGAAAAUUAAAAAGUGUUUAUUAGAAAAAGAAGCAUAUUUGCAGAUCCUCAUUCGAUAAUUGGGAACAUUUCUGUAAAUUAUAACACCUUAGGACUUACAGAGUUCAGCAAACAAUUCCAAGUGACUCUUCAGAACGUCGCGCAUGGGAAGCAUAAGCUUAGACUGAAUUCUUUUGAAAAAGUCAAAUCAGAAGACGAAGCAUGGUUAAAAGGGAUUUUAGGAGAAUGGCUAAAUAUUUUUAAGAAACACGUAUUGGAAUCCAGAGGGAAUAGGAUUCCAAGAGAUGCAGAAUUAGAAAAAAAAAUUUUUAGCGGAGACUCAUUUAUUGCAAAAAAAGCUAUUGAGCUUGGAUUGGUAGAUUCACUUGGAGAAGUUUAUUCAGUUGUUGAAAAAGAAUUCGCUGGGGUAAAAGUUAGGGAGUUCCCUGCUAAAGAUUAUAAGGCUGGGCCAAAUUAUGAAGUGUUAUUAAUGAAACUGAGAGAUGGAACUAUAACUGAAAGUGAGAUGUAUGAAGCUGUUGAUGAACUUUCAGUUAAUUUCUUAUCAAAUCGUAUGCAAGUUAUGACUCCUUAUUAG